AUGGCGAGGCUUGCGCCAGCCUUCUUUGGCCAACGCCUAGAAGAUCCAGCCUCGCUACCAACAUAUUCUUCUCCAAAGCCAUAUUCUGGUCCUAUGCUAGCUGAUAUGAAACUCGCAGGGACAAAAAAGCUCCAUUCUUCGAUAAUCUUGGAGAAGAUGAAAAGAAAUGUCGCAUCCAAAAGAAAGCGGAAUAGCUCGUCGAAUGGGGAAGAACCUGGCAUCGAUUCAAUGGGAGAAAGCUCGACUACUGGUAUCCGAAUGUCUGAAGUUUUAGAGGUCAAUACCCAAUGCUCUCCGGAUUUGACACAACAGGCUCCGCUUUCACCAACGAGCACGGUUCAAACGUACGCGGAGAGCUCGAACACAAAAUCGAUUGGCGAUCAAGAACGAGUGAUUACGUCCAAGAUUCCUAGGAGCAUAAAACAACAGGCAGAGAAGGUGGAUACUGGGUAUGAUAGGAUAAUACAGCGCGGAUACGAGAGUUAUCCAGAUGGGUGGCCAAGGUUGGCAGCGUUCCAAAACAGCGCCAGCAGCCUUCGAAUGUUCCGGAGAUUUGGUAACGAGCAUUGCCGCGUCCUACUUCAUUUGCAGGCUGAGAUUACGACUAUCCAUCAAAAGCUGGAUGAAUUGGAUUUGGCAGACUCCAAUUCGGAAGACAUGAGGUAUCGCUUGAAGCGAAACGAGUGGCACGAAGGCUGGGACUGCGCACAGAAAGACUUGCUCGAGAGUUUGCGAGUUAAGCUAAUUCAGUACGACGAGUUGUUGCUCAAAGACAACGCACUUCGUGCACUGUCUCCUCCAUCCGAUCGAGACUAUUACACGUUAUUCAACUGGAUCUGGAAGAAGAAGCCUCUUGAUCUUGGACAAUGGGAUUUUGCUCUGCAUCGGAAUGACUUCGUCACCACUUCAAACGCGAAGACCAAUGGAUUUGAGAGCGCUGUUGAGCUGUGUUUGAGUCGGUGGCCAGAAUUAUUUCAGGUGAGACGAGCACUCUCGAACUGGUCUACAUGUAAUAGUGAUUCGGUACAGAAAGUAUCAUGGCUGAAAAGCCGAUCUGGGGAAGCGAGUAGUGAAGGUGUCCAUGUUUUCCCGAUGGCCAAAAUUGCUGCAGCCGCAAGCGUCUUGCUGGUUUGCGUAGCUGUUACUAUCUUAAUGCUCCCGGUCUUUCUUCUAUACUUGAUUACGCCGAGUGUUUUUGCUAGUCUAAUCAUCCUAGUGAUAUUUGUUUUCGCAUUUGCAACACUCAUGUCGUCGGCAGGAGUUAGGGUCGAGGUAAUGUUUAUUGGGACGUGCACAUAUUCUGCUGUACUGGUCACCUUCUUGGGAAAUAUCCAUGAUCCUGGGAAGACGUAG